AUGCGCCGGGGGUCCGAGGAGUUGAAGUGCUCCUCGAUCCUCUGUUUGUAUUGGUGUUUUGCUUUGGAGAUUCCCCUCCUCAGGUUGGCCCUGGCUGAGCUGUUAGCCUCCCGGUCACCAGACCUGAAGGCUGCAUCUCUGGCUUUGAGCAGAAGGAAGCGGUAUGUCCGUUACCAGCAACAGGAGCAUGAUGUCGUGGAGGAGGUGAAGUCUCUCCUACAGCAGAACCACAUCGUGAAGGAGAACAAGCAGUUUCUCCUCAACAUGGUCAGGUUUCUGAGCUCUCAGGCUGUAACGCCUGGGAGUGUGUGUUUACAGCAGGUGUUGGUGUGUGUGAGUGGACACAGACUGUACAGUCAGGCUGAAGCAUGCAUCAGGCACAGAAUCCCUGAUCUCCUGGGCACUGAUGGGGCUCCAAACCCGUGGUCUGUGAUUGUGCUGCUGUUGGUUCUGGCGGGUGGAGUGAGAGAUGUGCUGGACCUGGUGGUGCGGCUGCAGUGGUCCGGCUGCCCUCUGAACCACGCCCAGGUCACCGAGCUGUUGUGGGCCACCGCCACGCUGCUUCUCGCAAUGACACACAGUGACUGUCCCGUCGGCAACAGGUUACAUUAUGAUGUCUUUUACGUGCUCCAGCUCAUGGAGAAUGCCCCUCCACGCCAAACAGACGAGAACGUGAGUGAUCUCCAGAUGAGUCAGGAGCAGCAGCAUAUCCUCAAUCAUGAUGUGCAGUCAGAUCACGUGGUGAAAAUCAUGGCUUUCGCUGGCACAGGGAAGACCUCCACUUUGCUGCGAUAUGCCCAGCGGAGGCCAAAGCUUCACCUGCUCUAUGUGGCUUUCAACAAAUCAGUGGCAGAACAGGCCAGGAGAACAUUCCCCAAGAAUGUCCACUGCAGAACCAUCCACUCUCUAGCCCAUGAGUCAGUGGGACACAGGUACCAGAAGGCGAAGAAGUUGAGGACGAGACAGAAGGCAUAUUUCGUGGCUCGUGUUCUUCCAAAAGGACACGGGGGGUUUGUGAAUGCCAAGGUCGUGAUCCGUACCAUCGACAUGUUUUGUGCCUCUGUGGACCAGGUCAUCGGGGUGGAACACGUUCCAAAAGAGUACAAAAACACAACGGGGCUCAUGAAGACACCCACAGAGGCCGAGAAAGAGAAGUUUGUUGAAAUUGCCAAAGAGCUAUGGGACAAAAUGGUGUCACUGGAGAGUGUGGAGGAUGAUACUGAUGCUUUCUACAUGACCACUGACGGUUACCUGAAACUCUGGCAGCUCCAGAAGCCUCAGCUGGAAAACUAUGACAUCAUUCUAAUCGAUGAGGCUCAGGACUGCACUCCUGCUAUCAUGGAUAUUAUACUAUCUCAGAGAUGUGGGAAGAUCUUGGUGGGAGAUCCUCAUCAGCAGAUUUAUACUUUCAGAGGAGCCGUGAACGCUCUCUACACAGUCCCCCACACACACAUCUAUUACCUUACACAGAGUUUCAGGUUCGGCUCUGAGAUUGCCUACACAGGGGCCACAAUACUGAGUUUUUGCAAAGGAGUGACCAAGAAUUUGAUUGGUGGCAGUCAGGGGGGCAGUGUGCGUGGAGAGAACAGCAGUGUGCUGACAGGGCUGAAGUCUGGAUUGGGCCAGGGAGAAGGCAAAGUGGCUGUGUUAUGUCGUAAGAAUAUCACUGUGUUUAUACAAGCAGCCACACUGGUCGAAGCCAACCCAGACUGCAGAAUCUACCUCAUUGGGGGGGUGGCAGAUUUUGCACUGCCCAAAAUUAUGGAUGUUUGGCGACUGAUGCAGCCAGAGUAUGAGGUCCGAAAAGAGAUCAAGGACCCCUUCAUCAAGAGAUUCGUUCGUGAGGGUGGGGGGGAUUAUGAGAGCUUCCGGGGGUAUGUCACGUUGUCUGAGGAUCUGGAGCUGGAGUACCACCUGAGUGUGGUGGAGAAAUACAAACAACGCAUUCCUCACCUCAUAGAACGCAUCAGAAACAGCGCCCAGAGAACACAGAGACAGCGUCACAAAGCUGACUUUAUCCUGGGAACACUCCACAAGUCUAAAGGCAUGGAGUUUGACACAGUCGUCAUAGCAGACGACUUCAGCAUAGUCAACAUGGCUCUUCAGACCAGCCCACGAACAGGAAAACUUUCUGAGAUCUGA